GCUACCCCUUUUAUCCCGUCUCACCCUUUCUUCACGGUCAUGCGCAAUCAGAAGGAAGUACUGUUAGAGGGGGCAAUCGCAAUCUCUCGCGCUUCCGGGGGAGUUCCAGUCAUUCCAAGGCAUCUUUCUCCUCGUUUAUUUCAAGCUAUCAGUCCAGCUAAGUUUAAUAAACAGAUACCUCGGGAAGAAGUCCGGCGUGAGAAGAACGUUUGGUGGUUUUCUUCGCUACCUUACAGGGCCAAGCAAGGACGAGACAGUGAAUGGAAAAUGGAGUGUAUUCCACUUUCUGUUGAUGAUGUGGAUUGUAAAAAGGAGCCACUUCUAGAAGACUCGGAUUAUAAUGUCUACACCCGGUUUAUGAAGUCUCAUCGGUGCUAUGACUUGGUCCCUACCAGCUCCAAGUUGGUGGUGUUCGAUACUUCACUGCAGGUAAAGAAGGCAUUUUUCGCUCUGGUGUCCAAUGGGGUGAGAGCAGCACCACUCUGGGACUGUAAGAAGCAGUGUUUUGUAGGCAUGCUGACCAUCACAGACUUCAUCAACAUCCUCCAUCGCUACUACAAGUCUCCUUUGGUGCAGAUAUAUGAGCUGGAGGAGCACAAGAUAGAGACAUGGAGAGAAGUCUACCUUCAAGACUCCUUCAAGCCCCUAGUCAGCAUAUCCCCCAAUGAAAGCCUGUAUGACGCCGUGUCGUCUCUGCUGAAGAAUAAGAUCCACAGACUGCCUGUGAUCGACCCUCUGACAGGGAACACUCUCUACAUCCUCACUCACAAGAGGAUCCUCAAGUUCCUCAAGCUCUUUAUAUCGGAGAUGCCGAAACCUGCUUUCUUAGGCCAGACUCUAGAGGAACUGGGCAUCGGAACAUUCCAUAAGAUUGCAGUGGUGCGUUCUGACACACCUCUUUACACAGCACUGGGCAUCUUCGUGGAGCAGAGAGUGUCUGCCCUGCCUGUCGUCGAUGACAAUGGACGAGUGGUGGACAUUUACUCCAAAUUUGAUGUCAUUGUAAGUACUGGACAGCUGUGCUACCAAUGAGCCGUAUUUAAACAGUAUAGUCACUGA